AUGGCAACCAUGCUGUUACCACCGGGUCCUGACACCUUGCGCCGGUUCACUCGUGAAUCCCUUGCUGCCGUCGAGCAGCGGAUUGCCGAGGAGCAGGCCAGGAAUGCCAAGGAGUACCAGGAAGAUAUGGGAGACGUGGAGCAGCCCAAGCCUAGGGCCGACCUGGAGGCUGGCAAGCAGCUGCCCCGCAUCUUUGGUGACAUUCCCUCUGGACUCGUCGGUGUGCCUCUGGACGACAUUGACCCUUUCUACUUCAAUAACCGGAAAACUUUUAUAGUACUGAACAAAGGGAAGGCCAUCUUCCGAUUUAGUGCCACAUCCGCACUGUAUAUUUUUAGUCCUUUUCAUCCUGUCAGAAGAGCAUCAAUAAGAAUUUUAGUACACUCUUUAUUCAGUUUGUUUAUAAUGUGCACUAUUUUGACCAAUUGUUGUUUUAUGGCCAUGUCUGAACCAGCGCCAUGGGCCAAGUAUGUUGAGUACACUUUCACUGGCAUUUACACUUUUGAAUCCCUGAUAAAAAUACUGGCGAGAGGAUUCUGCAUUGGGCCCUUCACCUUUCUGCGAGACCCCUGGAACUGGUUGGAUUUCAGUGUAAUUGUCAUGGCAUAUGUUACUGAGUUUGUGGACCUGGGCAAUGUCUCAGCGUUAAGAACGUUCAGAGUGCUGCGAGCACUGAAAACUAUCUCUGUCAUUCCAGGCCUGAAGACCAUCGUGGGGGCUCUGAUCCAGUCGGUGAAGAAGCUUGCAGACGUCAUGAUCCUGACUGUGUUCUGCCUGAGCGUCUUCGCCCUGAUUGGGCUGCAGCUCUUCAUGGGCAACCUGCGGCAGAAGUGUGUCCGCAGCACCGCCCACUGCCUCAACGCCACCCGCGGCAACGACACCUUCUUCUUCUGCAACAACAAGACCUGGCCCUCUGUGGAUGAUUUCAUUGAGGACGAAGACAAUUUCUAUAAAGUUGAAGGAGCCAAGGAUGCCUUAAUUUGUGGAAAUGGAAGUGAUGCUGGGAAAUGUCCUGAUGGAUUUGAAUGUUUGAAGACAGGAAGAAACCCUAAUUAUGGUUACACAAGUUUUGACACCUUUGGCUGGGCCUUUCUAUCACUCUUUCGUCUCAUGACACAGGACUACUGGGAAAAUCUCUAUCAUCAGACUCUCCGGUCGGCAGGGAAGACGUACAUGGUCUUCUUUGUGGUGGUGAUCUUCCUAGGAUCCUUCUACCUGGUUAACUUGAUCCUGGCUGUCGUGGCCAUGGCCUACGAGGAGCAAAACCAAGCCACCAUCGCCGAGGCUUGGCAAAAAGAACGGGAAUUUCAGCUGGCAAUGGAACAUUUGCGAAGAGAGCAGCAAGCAAUGGCGCAAAAAACUCACGAGACAGACUCGGUGCUGUCGCCAGAGUUAUCUUCCUUCACUCUUCAAGAUGCCAAGGAGCGGAAGAAUAGGAAAAAACCCGAGAGGACCUUGUCGGAGGAAACUGAAGAUGAUGCAGAUGAGAAGACAGCAAAAUUAGAAACUGUGGAAGCACCCAAGCGGACACACCCCCUUCUUGCCCGUACCCUCUCAUCUCACACCAGAAGAGGAAGCCAGGUCAGCAUCUUCAACUUCCGUCCACGAAACAAGGACUCGGAAGCCGAUUUCGCAGACGACGAGUUCAGCAUGCACGGGGACAGCGAGAGCCGCAAAGGCUCGCUGAUCAUGCCUUGGUCUAAAAGGCGAACCAGCGCCCAAAGCACAGCAAGCCACUGCUCCCAGGUCUUCGGCCCCAGCCUGAACAUCAACGGCAGGCUGACCGUGGCUGUAGAUCAGAACGGAGUGACAACGCUGGGGCUCACUCCCCUUCCGUUAACAGCCUGCACCAUGGAGAAAGUCACUGAAGACAGCGUGACCAACUGUACAAAUGAAAUGAGCACCAUGCUGAUCCCUCGCAGGCUGUCACAUGACAUCCCUGAGGAACCUUCUAGAAGGGAAAGAGCGCUGAGCGCUGCCAGUUACCUCACUGAUGCCAUGGAGGAACUGGAGGAGUCCCAGCAGAAAUGCCACCCUUGCUGGUAUGAAUUUGCUCAGAAGUACCUCAUCUGGGACUGCUGCCCAUUGUGGCUGAAGGUGAAGGAGUGGGUGAAGCUCAUGGUGAUGGACCCUUUCCUCGACCUGGCCAUCACAGUGUGCAUCGUACUCAACACCCUCUUCAUGGCCCUGGAGCACUACCCCAUGACCGAUGAGUUCAACAGGAUGCUGUCCGUGGGCAACCUGGUAUUUACAGGGAUCUUCACAGCUGAGAUGGUCUUGAAGAUUAUCGCCCUGGACCCAUACUACUACUUCCAGCAAGGCUGGAACAUUUUUGACAGCAUCAUCGUCUCCCUCAGCCUGAUGGAGCUAGGCCUGUCCAAUGUGGAGGGAUUGUCAGUGCUGCGUUCAUUCAGACUGCUGAGAGUCUUCAAGCUGGCGAAGUCUUGGCCCACCCUCAACACCCUGAUUAAAAUCAUCGGGAACUCCGUGGGUGCCCUGGGGAACCUGACCCUGGUCCUGGCAAUCAUUGUCUUCAUCUUUGCUGUGGUGGGCAUGCAGCUGUUUGGGAAGAACUAUCAGGAUUGCGUUUGCAAGAUCUCCAAGGAUUGUACCAUGCCCCGCUGGCACAUGAAGGACUUCUUUCACUCCUUCCUCAUUGUCUUCCGGGUUCUGUGCGGGGAGUGGAUAGAGACCAUGUGGGAUUGCAUGGAAGUGGCCGGACAGCCCCUUUGCAUCCUGGUCUUCAUGCUUGUCAUGGUGAUAGGAAACUUGGUGGUUCUGAACCUCUUCCUGGCUCUGCUGCUGAGCUCCUUCAGCGCAGACAACCUCUCGGCACCCGACGACGAUGGUGAGAUGAACAACCUGCAGAUUGCCAUCGCUCGCAUCCAGCGCGGCAUAGGCUGGCUACGACGGGCCAUCUGCGACUUCUUCAACGGCAACUUCAAGCGGCGCCGGCAGAAGGCCAAGGAGGCCAAGGCCAUGCUGAAGCUGAAGCGCAUGAACAACCACGUGGAGGGCAACGGCACGGUGGGCGUCAUCGGCCGCCAUGGCGAGCGCUUCGUCGUCCCCGACGGCGACAGCUACAUGACCAACCCCAACCUGACCAUCAACGUGCCCAUCGCCCCCGGAGAGUCCGACGUGGAGUUCCCCGAGGAAGAGGAGGAGCAGAGCGAGUGCUCGGAGGAGGAAGAGGCCAAGCAGCGGCCUACGGAUGAGAUCAGCCUAUCAGAAGGCAGCACAGUGGACCUCAGAAAACCUGGAGAGGAAGAGGACGAGUACUCUGAGAUGGCUGAAGAGGCCAUGGACCCAGACAACUGCUUCCCUGACGGUUGUGUCCGUCACUUUCAAUGCUGCGAUGUCGACGUUACGCAGGGAAUGGGCCAGAUCUGGUGGCGCCUCCGCAAGACCUGUUAUCAGAUUGUGGAGCACAGCUGGUUUGAGUCCUUCAUCAUCUUCAUGAUCCUGCUCAGCAGUGCCGCCCUGGCUUUUGAAGACAUUUAUAUAGAGCAAAGAAAAGUGAUAAAAGUCGUGCUGGAAUAUGCGGACAAAAUUUUCACCUAUAUCUUCAUUCUGGAAAUGGUCCUUAAGUGGAUAGCCUACGGCUUCAAGAAGUAUUUCACCAAUUACUGGUGCUGGCUAGACUUUUUAAUUGUGGAUGUGUCUUUAAUAAGCCUUAUAGCUAACACACUUGGGUACUCGGACUUCGCAGCCAUCAAAUCACUUAGGACCCUCAGAGCACUCAGGCCGCUAAGAGCCUUGUCCAGAUUUGAAGGCAUGCGGGUGGUGGUGAACGCCUUGAUUGGCGCCAUACCCUCCAUCAUGAACGUUCUGCUGGUCUGUCUCAUCUUCUGGCUGAUUUUCAGCAUCAUGGGAGUGAACCUCUUUGCGGGAAAGUUUGGCAGGUGUGUCAACAGAACCGGGUAUGUGUACAACGCCAGCCUGAUCAACAACAAGUCCGAGUGCGUGGCAAUGAAUGAUACGCAGUUCUACUGGACCAAGGUGAAGGUCAACUUCGACAACGUGGGAGCUGGCUACCUUGCGCUCUUGCAAGUUGCCACUUUUAAAGGCUGGAUGGAAAUCAUGUAUGCUGCUGUGGACUCACGUGCUAUGGAGGAGCAGCCCAUCAAGGAAAUCAACCUCUACAUGUACCUGUACUUUGUGAUCUUUAUCAUCUUUGGGUCAUUCUUCACCUUGAAUCUCUUCAUUGGAGUGAUCAUUGACAAUUUCAACCAGCAAAAAAGAAAGAUAAGUGGACAGGAUAUCUUCAUGACAGAAGAGCAGAAAAAAUAUUACAAUGCCAUGAAGAAGCUUGGAUCCAAAAAGCCCCAGAAACCUAUUCCCAGGCCAGUGAAUCCUGUGCAGGGAUUCUUCUUCGACUUGGUGUCAAAGCAAGCCUUUGACAUCAUCAUCAUGGUGCUCAUCAUCCUAAACAUGAUAACCAUGAUGGUGGAGACAGACGAGCAGCCGCGCAGCAUGGAGUCCAUCCUGAACAACAUCAACCUAGCAUUCAUUGUCAUCUUUUCAACUGAAUGCCUCAUCAAGAUCACUGCCCUCCGUUGCUACUUCUUCACCAUUGGCUGGAACAUCUUUGACUUUGUGGUGGUAAUCCUUUCCAUUGUGGGUAUUGUUCUUGCAGACAUUAUAGAAAAAUACUUUGUGUCGCCAACUCUGUUUCGAGUCAUCCGACUUGCGAGGAUAGGACGAGUCCUUCGACUUAUACGUGGAGCCAAAGGAAUCAGAACUUUACUCUUUGCCUUAAUGAUGUCCCUCCCUGCCUUGUUCAACAUAGGCCUCCUGCUUUUUCUUGUGAUGUUUAUCUAUGCCAUCUUUGGCAUGGCCAACUUUGCCUAUGUGAAGAAACAGGGCGGGAUUGAUGACAUGUUCAACUUUGAGACGUUUGGAAACAGCAUGAUCUGCCUCUUCCAGAUCACCACAUCAGCUGGGUGGGACAGCCUGCUGAGCCCCAUCCUGAACAAUUCCCCAGAGGAAUGCAAUCCCACAAUCCCUCACACAGGCACCAGCGCUAGGGGGAACUGCGGGAACCCCUCCGUGGGCAUCACAUUCUUCGUGACCUACAUCAUAAUAUCAUUUCUCAUUGUUGUGAACAUGUACAUAGCCAUCAUCCUGGAGAACUUCAGUGUGGCCACAGAGGAGAGCACGGAGCCGCUGAGCGAGGACGACUUUGAGAUGUUCUAUGAGGUGUGGGAAAAGUUUGACCCGGAGGCCACCCAGUUCAUUGAGUACUCCAAGCUGUCAGACUUUGCGGACACCCUGUCGGAGCCCCUGCGCAUCGCCAAGCCUAACAAAAUCAAGCUCAUCUCCAUGGACCUGCCCAUGGUCAGCGGGGACAAAAUUCACUGCCUGGAUAUUUUAUUUGCUUUCACCAAAAGGGUCUUGGGAGAGUCGGGGGAGAUGGAUGCUCUAAAGCAGCAGAUGGAGGAGAAGUUCAUGAUGGCCAACCCCUCUAAAAUCUCCUACGAGCCCAUCACCACCACGCUCCGACGCAAGCAAGAGGACGUGUCAGCUAUCAUCAUCCAGAGGGCAUACAGGAGACACCUGGUGCGGCGCCAGGUGAAGCAGGCCUCCUUCCUGUACCGUCAGAUCAACAUGGACGGUUCGCUUGAGGCAGAUGAUGCCCCAGAGAAGGAGGGGCUUAUUGCAUCCAUGAUCAAGGAGAACUAUGGACCUGAGAUGGAGAUUAUGGAGACGCUAUCUUCCACAUCCUCCCCGCCAUCUUACGACAGCGUGACUAGGGCUACUAGUGACCUUUUCCAAGUUCUAAUACCUGACUCCAGGAACACAGACCUGAGUGAACCCUUUCCUCCCCCUGACAGAGACCGGGAGACAUUUCUGUAA